AUGGAUGAUUUGGCCGCUGAUGAAGCAACCGGUCAAGAACAACACCAUGGUCACCAGGAGAUUCAAGAACGUGCCCAAGGGCAGCAUGGUUGUGUUAUCGUGCCCUAUCCAGACUCGCGUGCUGGGCAACCUAUUUCUAACAAUCAUACUGCCAAUGUUGCGUAUGGUGCGCAUCUUUCCAAUGCCAACCAGGAGAAUACAUAUCACCCAUUUGCUUCUAAGAUGGAUUGGGAGGUCGCAAGAUGGGCAAAACUUCGUGGACUCAGUUCAACUGCGUUGUCUGACUUACUUGCUAUUGAGGGGGUCAGUGAACGCCUGUCGCUCUCUUUCAGGAACGCGAACGAGCUUAAUGCCAUUGUCGACCAUGAGCUUCCAACAGGCCGGCCAAAGUUCAAACGAGAGCAAAUCAUUGUUGCGGGAGAAGCCUUCGACGUCUAUUAUCGCGAUGUGAUUGAAUGUGUCAAGUCGUUGUACAGUGAUCCCGAUUUCGCGAGAUACCUUGUGUUUGUGCCUGAGCGUCAUUAUGCCGACAAGGAUGAGACAGUUCGUCUGUUUCACGAUAUGCAUACAGGAAAAUGGUGGUGGGAUACACAGAAAAAACUCGAUCAGCACAGCCCAGGCGGCACCAUAAUCCCAAUCAUCAUCUCGUCCGACAAAACUCAAGUAACCUUGUUCCGCAACAAAUCUGCUUACCCUGUCUAUCUCACCAUCGGCAACAUCCCAAAAGAAAUUCGACGCAAGCCAUCACGCGGUGCCCAUAUACUUCUGGCAUAUUUGCCAUGCACACGCCUCGAUCAUAUUUCUAACAAAGCUUCACGCCGCCGAACUUUGGCAAAUCUGUACCAUGCUUGCAUGAGCCGUGUUCUCGCUCCCCUGAAAUCUGUUGGACUGGAUGGGAUUACUAUGGCGAGUGGGGAUGGUACUCUCCGCCGUUGCCACCUACUGUUUGCGAGCUUUGUCGGCGACUACCCAGAGCAACUCCUUGCUACUGGGAUAAAGUUCGGAGAGUGUCCCAAAUGCGAUAUUGAGGCUGAUGAAACGGGGAGCAAUACGGCACCAUAUCAUUUACGAAGACUGCGCGAAGUGUUAGAUGCGCUCGCUACUCUGGAUGAAGGCAGUAUGUCUUUCGUUCGAGCUUGCUCAGCAGCAGGGAUCAAGCCCAUAAUUCAUCCCUUCUGGGAAGACCUCCCGUUCGCAAAUGUUUUCCGUGCAAUCACACCAGAUGUGUUGCACCAGUUAUAUCAAGGACUAGUCAAACAUCUCUUAGGCUGGUUGAAGGCUGCUUGUGGUGCGGCUGAAAUUGAUGCUCGUUGUCGGCGACUUCCUCCCAACCAUCAUAUACGUCUGUUCACCAAGGGCAUCACUGGCCUCUCGCGUAUCAGUGGGACCGAACACUCGCAAAUCUGCCGCUUUCUUCUGGGUAUCGUAAUUGGUAUCCGUUUGCCCAAUAAUCUUAAUGCAAACCGACUUCUACGAGCUGUCCAUGGUCUCCUCGAUUUUCUCUACCUCGCACAAUAUCCGUGUCAUAGUUCGGAGACCCUACAACUACUCGACGACGCACUCAGUCUUUUUCACGAGAACAAAGACAUUUUCGUUGAUCUCGGUAUCCGAGACAACUUCAAUCUACCGAAGCUGCAUGCCACUCGGCACUACUCGUACAUGAUUAUGAUGUUGGGCACAACAGAUAAUUAUAAUACAGAGUAUACAGAAAGACUACACAUCGACUAUGCAAAAGACGCUUACCGCGCUACCAAUCACAAGGACGAGUUCGCGCAGAUGACACGGUGGCUCGAACGCAAAGAGAAAAUACUGCGCCAUGACAAGUAUGUCAUCUGGCGACUUGCUGGUGAUGUCGAGUCUGAGCCCCACCAUUCACGUCCUCCAGAUAUGACCUUCCGCCGCCUUCAGACUAUGCCCAAACACCCUACUGCAAAAGCUGUCACUAUAGACAGAUUAGUUGAUGACUAUGGCGCUACCUUUUUCCGCGAGGCACUUGCUCGCUAUAUCACACAGCUCAGGCAUGCCGAGGAUCCUAACCCCCUCCAUGAGCGAGCACUGGAAAUAUUGGCCCGCGACAUCCAUUUCCCGUUUCGAACGCUUCCUGUUUUCCACAAGAUCAAGUGGGUCUCCGUCGAUGCUCAUGGUCAUGGCGACGCAACCGUCACGUUAGAUUCAGUUCACGCAAGACCACAACGGAGAUCGGGUUCUGGUCUGCUGCCCUGUCGUUCAGACACAGUGCUGGUGAACCUUGGUGCGAAUACAGAAGCCGUUAGCGCAGGUAUAGAAGCACUCCGCGUUGGUCAAGUGCGAGUCGUUUUCUCACUACCUUCAAAAUCUCUCCCGCUCCUCUUUCCACCAACAGUCCAGGUUCCUAGCCACCUGGCUUAUAUCGAGUGGUUCUCGCCGUUUGCAUUGGCUCCCGAUCAACACCACGGCCUUUACAAGGUCUCGCGUUCCUUUCUUGGUGGCGCAAAAGUCGCAAGCAUUGUGCCAUUGUCGAAGAUCGUGCGGAGUGCCCAUCUUCUACCGAAUUUCGGUGCCAUCGUCCCGCGAGAGUGGUCCAGUGAUACAGUUCUAGAUGACUGUGACACUUUUUGGUUGAACUCGUAUCUAGAUAGAUUCACUUACUGUAUUUUCAAAUAAGUCUUGAUAAUUCCAUUGUACAUUAUCGUCUUCUAGCCAUUUUAUUCAAUUUUUGCCCAGGAGGCUUUUCCUGAUG